AGAACUUAAACAAUUAACUAACAAUGAGCAGCCAACGCACUACCGCUGGAAACCCAGGACACCCCAACGUCCCCGAAAAUGAGGGCAUGAUCCAUAUGGCUGGAGCCAAGGUCCAAGAAGUCGUCAAUGCUGCUGGUGAGAAGCUCGCCAGUGCUGCUGAAAUGGCCAAGAACACCGCCUACACCGGCUACGAGAAGACGGCCGAGACUCUUGCCAAUGCUGGAGCAGCUGUAAGGGACACCACCGCCAAUGUCAUUGGUGGAGUAAGGGACACCGCUUACGCUGGCUACGACAAGGCCGCUGAUGUCACCAACAGCGCCUACGAGACCGUCGCCGGAAAAGCCGAAGACGCCAAGGAAACCGUCAAGGACAACGCUGCCUAUGCUAGAGAUAAGGCUUAUGAAGCUAAGGAUAACUUGGCCAACAAGGCUUAUGAGGCCAAGGAUACCGUGGCCCAGAAGGCCGACCAGACCGCCGAUGCCGCCAGCCGAAAGGCACAUGAGGCCAAGAAUUACAUGGCCGAUACUGCCGACAGCGUUGCCAACAAGGCCCAUGAGACCAAGGAACAAGCAGCACAGAAGGCUCGUGAAGCAACUAAUGCCGCCAGUCAAAAGGCCUAUGAUGCAAAGGAUGCCGCUGCUCGAAAGGCUGAAGAUGCCAAGUGUUCUGCCAAGGAUACGACCAACUCAGCCCGAAACUACAUGGCCGAGAAGAUGCACGAGGGAGACGGUGUCCUCCGCGAUGCUGGUGAAACAGUUUUGGAUUUGAAAGAUGCAGCAUCCGAAAAGCUCAGUGAAGCUGCCGAAGCUGUGAAGGACGCUGCUCGAUCGGCUUACAAUUCUGCAUCCCAGAUUACCGGCACUGGAGAUGAGGAAGCCGAAAUGGCAAGGGAGACUGUGGAAAGGGGACGAGGAGCAGCAAAAGAAAAUUUUGAAGAAGGCAAGCAAGCUGUUGGGGAUACAGUGGAAGCAGGCGAAGGCGGAGCUAUAGAAAUGGCGAAGGGCGGUAGAGACUUCGCCAGCGAGAAGUUGGUCGAAGGUUAUGAUGCCAUGAAAAAGGAGGAAGAAUUGUAA